AAAUAAAUUUAUGAGAUCAGCUUGACAUGCGUUAUAUUAAAUUUUGUCGGGGUAAACUGUACGUACAGAGACAGACAAGCAGACAAAUAUAGCCAUGCAGGCAAUGUUGAGGAAAAAGAACUUACCAGUAAAAGAGAAAUGAAAAGAACGUGUAAUAGCAUGAAACAUGGAAAGAGGACAGAGAAGGGACAUGCAAAAAAAAAAAAAAAAAAAAGUGCCGGUAGUGAAGAAAAAAUAAAGGAAAAGAAAUAGAAAAGCAAAAGACCGUGUAGGCGAAGUGUAUGCAGAAAACAGAGCUCAGUGCAGAGUGAAGUAUAUAAGUGUGUGAAGUGAGGUAUAUAAGUGAAGAGAAGAGAAGAAGAAGAAGAAGAUUAGAAGAAUCAGCUGUUGACAUGUAAACAAAGUGGCUAACAUAAUUUUCCUCGUCAUGAUGUACCGAUAUCCAGAUUCAAGGGAGUGAAGGGGUGGAUUUAGAGGCCAGAGGACAGAGGUGCAGAGGCUUGGACGUAGCCAGCCUGAUGCUGAGCUGCGUACACCCAAACCUUUUUGUCCUCUUCAAAAAGCUCUUUGGUGUUGCCCCUCCACCGGGUGACUCAGAGGCAGACAUGUAUAAUAACUUAAGCCCACAGUGGCCCUUUGUAAGACAGCGGCACCCUGCAGAAGUGCAGGGUGCCAACCACAAGGUGCGGGCAGAAAGAAUUACCAUAGAAGGGGAUGUCUUGAGCUAUAGUGAAGAAGAGGAAGAGGAAAGAGUAGGUGUGUAUGUGGGAGAGAUGCCCAUCUCCUCAGAACACAGUUACUUUGAGAUUGAAAUACUAGACAUGGGAGCCCAGGGAGCCAUUUCCAUUGGUCUGUGCUCUGCUAAGUACCCUUUGCACAAGUUGCCAGGAUGGGCAGUAGACAGUGUGGGUUACCAUGCUGAUGAUGGCAAGCUUUAUAAGGCCAGGCCAAGAGGUAUGGUAUUUGGCCCACGUUGUGGUGCUGGAGACAGAAUGGGAUGUGGAGUGAAGUUUGAGCAGUUGUCUCCAGGAAGUGAUCCUUCAUCCGUCCCUGUUUUUUUUACUAAAAAUGGAAAAGAGAUUGGCUUAGUAAUGGUUCAUGUAGCUCCAGGAGGACUCUAUCCGUGUGUUGGGCUGGCUGCUGCUGGUGAUGCUGUCAGACUUGCCCCUCAGCUUCUAUGGCCACCAGACGAAGACACGCAUAUGUCUGUUGAUUCCAUGGAAGAGGAGUGGUUGCGACUUCAUGACAUUAGGCUAAAUGGACAGGUGCUGGAGUACUGUGGCAGAGGAAAGAGCCUUGUGGAUGUGGGUCUUGCCCAGGCUCGUGUUCCCCUCAACACAACUUGUCAUUACUUUGAGAUGGAGAUAGUUGACCCAGGACGCUCAGGCUACAUUACAAUAGGACUCACAAAGAAGGAAUACCCUAAAAACCGACACCCAGGCUGGAAUAGGGGGAGCAUCGCAUACCAUGCAGAUGAUGGAAGAGUAUUUACUGGGAGCUCCAUGGGCUCACUGUUUGGACCACGGUGCCAUAAAGGAGACAUCAUGGGGUGUGGCAUCAUAUUUCCAAGAGAUUAUGUGUGCAACUAUGAUAGUGAAGGAGGGAGUAUGGAGGAAGAGAGCCCAGAGCCUUUAGAGUGUGAUGACCUGCUGGAACACCUUCUACAGUACCAACAGCCAGCGCUACCUGCCAUCUCUCCUCUGUAUCCUCACCGUCAUCACCGUCACCACCAUCACCACCAUCAGAACCAUAUUGUUACCACUGACUCUGAAGAUGAGGAAGAUGAAGAUGAGGAUGAGGAAGAAGAGGAGGAUUCCCUUGAACCUUCUCGUAGACAGCACAUAGGAGGAAAAGUCCAGGUGUUCUUUACGAGGAAUGGCCAGAUGAUUGGUCGACGUGAGGUGGAGCUUCCCCGUGGUGGAUUCUUUCCCAGCAUCAGCAUGGGAAGCAUCAACGAGAGAGUCAGGGUAGACCUUCGCCCUCUUACAGGCUAAUUACUCUUCCCUGCCUCCACCAUCAACACCCAAGGGAGGUAGAAAAAUGUGAUGUUAAGUAUUAUUAACCUCUACCCCCUUACAAGCUUGUUGAUCACCAUUACCAUAAGCCAGUGGAGGUAAAACUAAUAACUACAAAUGUGAUGUUGAAUACUGGUGUGCUUUAGUUGACUCAUCCAUCAAUAAAUUGAGCUAAAUAACAUGUAACGGGUUCCAGCAGGUCAUUCAUACAUACAUACAUACAUACCCAUUUGCUUUGAAUAAUAAAUGUAGAUCAUUAGAAACUUACUGAACAAUAAUCUAUCUCUUAAUAGUAUUUGGUUAUAACCUAUUUUUUCUGUUGUAAAUUGGUCACAAAGCACACUGCCAGUUAUUUUACUGUGUGCUGUGAACUGUGAGCUGUAUCAUGCCAACUCAAGGGUGUGGGCAGUGUAAGACAGCUUUAAUUGUGUUAUGAAAUAUUUAUUAAAACAGAAAAGCAAAAGUUUAAAUCUUGAAGGGUAUAGAUAGUUUUUAUGGGGUUAAAACUCUUGGUGUAUACAUUUGUGGAUCAUUUAUGUAUGAUGUUAUUCACAAAGAGUUACCCGGUAUUUAAAAACAAGUACGUGUACCUGGAUAUUCAGUAACCAUUCUUAGUUAUUCAAAAUAUCGUAUUACGUAGAGAAUAAUUGAGUAGCCUGCAGGGUAUUUACUACAGCAGAAAAUGAAUUGAGUGUGAUACUUUGGAGCACAAAAUAAGGGUAAUUUAUUUUACAUUGUUACAAAGUUAGGUUAUUUUUUGUAUUAUAUGUAAACAUCCAAGCUAAUUUUUUAUCUUAGACAUACUCACCCAAUGAGAAGUUUCUUAUUGGUAUUUUCUCAACAUUUUUUUCCUUAUAGUUGAUGAGUUGAACCUUUGUCUCCUAUGUGCCUGGUCUCCCAGUAUUUAGUUUAGCACUACUAAUGUGCUCUUUAGGCUAGUCAAUCUGCUUUAUUAACAAGAGUUUCUGGCUGUACAUUUGACUAUAUUUUUGCUUGCAUUGUUAUGUGUACCAGUAUAUAGAUACAUGUAUAGACAGGUAUGCUCAGAUUUUUUUUUUUUUUUUUUCUUUAAUCUUUACUACUCUGUAAAGGUACAUACUAGUACAUAUAUAUAAACUGACAAGCAUCUCAUUGCCUGGUUAGAGAGCUAAGCUGAGCCGUACAGUGUACAUAGCCCACCUUUUGACAGUACAAACAGACAGGCGGCUCUCACACCCAGCGACAAUAAUGCCUUAUUUGUUAGGAGGCAGUAUGUCACCUUGAUGAAAGCUAGAGUUCAUUGUGUCUUCAAGGUGUAGGUUAGGUAAGAACCUUUUAAUAUAUACUAAGCAACAAAAUCAAUAAUUAAUCACUUUAUAUGUUCAAACUUGAUUUAACCCUUAAAGUGCAGCAUAUCUGAUCCUGCUACUCUGAUAGUCUGCAUGGUUGAAGAAGCUUAUAGGAAAUUUAAAUUUUAAUAAUAGUAAUGACAAUCUAUUCCCUUAAACUGAGAAAGCAGUUUCUUUGGAAUUACAGCACUUCAGAUAACAUAAUUCCACUUCAUGGUAAUGAAGUUACAGCAUACAGCCAGUUGGGAUCCACUGUUAUGUUGUCUAUGAGGUAAUGCUAUACGGUAAUACCCUGCUUUAUGUCAUUUUUACAUACGUCAAACUCAACUUUAUGCCACUGUUUUAGAGGAAAUUUUUGUUCAUCAAAUGCCAUGAUAUCUGACUUUACACCACUCAUCAUCAUAGCCAAUGCUUGAAUAUAAAAGGGCAUGAGACAAGUCAGUCAGAGAAAAAAACAGAGAAACAAGCAAUGAAAAUGUAGAAUAAACACAAUAACAUAUGUAAGGCCACUGACAAGUAUGCAUUAGCCUAGACUAGAGGCUGAGCCACUCGUAAACCCUCAUUGCUUAGGGCAAGAGGAUUCGGUCACUCAGUGGUUGAUUUUACUUAUUGAUCAUAUAGACAUGCAGGGAAUAGUGAAACUAAUUUUCAAAUUCAUCAAUAGUUAAGAUUUGUUAGCACCAGAAGCAACUUACUCACCUGACUUUGACCUUCCCAACACGCAUGGCAUGCCUCAUACUUUGCUUUGUUUACAAGCACUGCUGUCCUAUCCACCUCACCUCCAUGACCUCGCCAUCGCCGCCUCAUUACCGAAGUCAUUUUAAGGCAUUUUUAAGAUGUUAUAUCCAGUUUACGCCAAAAACAGGUUGCAGCACUGCUUUUGGAAUCAAUGACGUAAAGUGGGGUAUGACUGUAUUUUUUAGAUUUUUUAAAAUCAGAUCUACAGUAGAUACUUUGCUUUGUCCUAUAUUUUAAAAAGGACCAAAAAUUCAUGAUAGGAGCCUCAGUAGGGCGCACUGAGGAGGGAGAGAUAAGACGGGCUGCCACUAUAGGUUGCCAGACAAUUAUUUUUUGUGUUGGUUAGUAUAGUGCCAGGGAAGGAGGCUUUUUCUUCUCAUGAUGGCUGAUCUGAGUCAGCAAAGCAUGAUCAUCAUACAAAGUGGAAUGGGGAAAAAAUUCAGGGUAUAACAUGGAUAUCUAUGAAGAGAGCAUCAUGGAUUAAGGAACGAACAAAGAUUGAAUAUAUUCUGAUGAUUGAGAACAAGGAAUGGACUUUUGCAGGUCAUAUCAUGCAUAGAACUGAUAACAGAUUUUAGAACUGAUAACAGAUUAACAACCAAAAUAACAGCACAGCAAUUCAGAAAUGGUAGGUGAGAGCAUUCAGAGAACCAGGUGGAAAGAUUAAAUUAUCCAGAGUAGGAUGAAGUACACUAAUAUCAGACUGAAACUUAGGCCAAUGGAAAAGGCCUUGUGUUGGGGUACUGGUGUCAUGCAAACUAAAUGUUAUGCUUUUGAUUCAUAUUUCCACACACAUUCAGGGCUCCACUAGCAUGGUAGGGAUCACCUCAUCUCAGUGAUUUUUCAUGUCCAUGAUCUUGCUAGCACUGGCAAUCUUCCUGACCUUAAUCUAGAGUAAAAGCUUCAAAUCUUCGGCAUUUUUAUGUAUCUCAUUAUGAUCAAAUUAUUACUGCAAGUUUUUCCUAUAUUUUAUUAGAUGUGGUUCAGAGGAAAGAAAUAUUAAUUUUGCCUCCUUAAGUAUGUUUGCAUUAUUAUGAUUUCUCAAAUCUUUGUACAAAUAAUGUGAAUGGUAAGUAAGGCUCCCAUGACAGUAUGCCUUACUUACUACUUUUUAAUAGGUCCACUUAACCCUUGCCUCCAAAAUCAAAUUAUGAUUAUUCUAAUUUAUUUAUUUUAUUUCUCAUUUCUUUCCACACCACAGCAAAAAAUUCCACUAAUGUAUUAGGAAUGUAUAUUUUUGUAAUAUUGUUGUCAGUAAUUUAACCUUAAAUGAGUUUAAUCAUACCGUUAAUAUUGGUAUAUUCAUGGGGGCAUAUUGUCUUCAUCCCCACUACCUUACCCUGGUUCAUACUCACUUUUCAUAGAAGGCAACUUAACAAGUAGGAUAAACUUUAAUUAGAUGGACCUCUGUGGUGAAUUGGUUAGCAUGCCAAGCUACAAAUCUGCAGGCCUGAGUUCAAAUCCCGGGCUGGGCAGUCAAUGGGCAGCCCACCCAGCUGUUCAUUCUCCCUUUUGGGCUGGUCAAUAAAUGGGUACCUGGGGAAACCUGGGGAAAAUAAACUGUGGUAACUCAGAUGCUGCACUUGCCCUGUGUUCUAGGGUAAUGGGUUCUCACCCACCACAGGCUCAAGGGCCAAUGAGAUGAUGGUGAGCACCAUAGCCACACACAGCUUAACAAUAUGCUCCCAACUUUACCUUUGGUUUAUUCUCAUCUGAUGUGAGCCAAAACUUUUCACACUUUCAGAACCAGGUUACACUGACAGUCUGCAUUUGUUCUAUGUAUCAUUUGUAAAAAAAUGUCAGAAUGAGUAUGUAAAUUCUCUUCACUGAACAGAGAUGAUUUCAUAUAAGUUUUCUGACAAGGGUCCAAGAAAAGAAAAUGGAUCUUGCUAUAUAUGUGAUUGCUUCUGCUGUAAGUAAUUGUUGAUAUGUAUAGCUGAACCUCUUGGGAUACAGAUGCAAGAGAUUCAGACUGACAGACUUCAAGGGAAGGUCUUUGCAUAAUGGCAUGCAUUGGGCAUGCUCCUCUGCUAGUAUAACUGCCUUCUGGAGCUCCUAAGCAAAAACAGGAAACAAUAAUCAAAUGUAACAUAAAAAAAAAAAAGGCAUUAUCAUGCUAUUCAAGUCUGCAAAUGUUUGUCUGUGUUAGGAACACAGAUACUAUAGUAUUACUUUUUUUUAUGUUCAGCCUGUUGCACCGGUGGCUAUCUUGAUAGGGCCUGCUGGUCUGCCCCAGCCUAUUCGUGGUGCAGGCAAGUGUUUAUUGUGGCGCCAUCUUGAUUGGCUCAUGCUGCCCCCCAGAACUCACCUUUACUCCACUGCAGAGAGUUUUGCUAGAGUUUGGGUUGAUAGGUGGUCUUCAGGACAGCAUGUAGGUAGUUUUAUGCCACUCAUCAAUGACUGAAAAUUGUCAGCUUAUAGCGGUGGGCAGGCCUUGAACUUGGAUCCUCCAGGACACCGUGCCCACACACUGACCACUCAGCCACUGUUCUUAUUAUGCAAGAUAUGGCUUGACUGUUGAACAAAGUUGUGAAGAUUGAUUAAUUAACUAAUAGAUUAAUGGGAUAACUAUAUUACCAUAAGUGACCUAUAUUUCAUACUAAAUACUUUAACAAAUUUUACCAAGCCAAAGUGUAAGGGGCAAGUGCAUAAGAGGGGAGAAAGAAGCCCAUACUUAGAGAGCAGAUGUGCAUUUGUUGCAAGUUCGGUGUAAGCUAACAUCUUUGAGACCUCCAUACACUGAUCAGGUAAAGAUGAAGACAUCUUGUGUCAUCAUUUUGUGCAGUAAUCAUAGAUACUCGUCAGUCUUACUUAUGUCAGAAGAAAGAAAAAAAAAUUAGCACUCACUGUUUUAUCAUUAUAAAGCUAAAAGAUUUCACAGAAGAAUAAUAUGCCACUUUAGCCAAGGUGCCCAUUAUUUCUCAACUGUGUUAUAGUGCAGUGGGUGACUUUUAUUGAAGGUCUGGGUAGCUCGAUGUCACAUAGAUCAAAAGAAGGUAGGCCAACUUUUUUUUUUUUUUUUUUUUUUUUUUUUUCAUAGAAUGAAGCGAAUCUUACAUAAGGAACUUUACCACACUAGUUUUCGUAAGUAUUAGAAAUUAAUUCUCUUAACUUAGGCUGUGUUCUAUAACUGGUAAAAUCUUAUCAUUGGUAGCAACAUUUAGAUCAGAGAAGCUGUAAAUCCGUCCCUGGAGAUUUGAAGAUUAGUGAUACCAAGUUAUACAUUUUAAACAUAAUUUUUUCUGCAUCAUAAACAGCAUGUCAGUAUUUUAGGCUCAAUUAUUAUAUUUGGGAAAUAUACUGCAAUCUCUGCGUUUUAAGGCGUAGUUCUCUUAAAAAGUUUGGUGUCAGUCAUCUCAUGAGCUAAAGAUUUCUGUUUUUAAAUAAAUAGCACCUGCAGUAAGGUUCCUAAGUACUAGACUAGCUGAGCCUUGACAGUUUGGGCCAUAGGGCUCAGACAUGAAUGCUGCCAGCAGUCUUGCAGCACAUUAUGUCUAUUUUUAUACUUUGCAUUUUACACUGAAUGCCUUGCCAUGUUUAAGGUUAGUAAAAUAAUAUAUUUCAUCAUUCCUUUCUUUUUGGUAAACUUGUAAUUCUUUAUGGUUUUGUUGUAAUGUUUAUCUUACUUCUAGCCACUUUUUUUUUUUUUUUUUUUGUUUUUUUCUCCCUCCUUCCUCCAUCUUCUUUUCCAUUUCUCCUUUAACUGUCUCACCACCUCUGUACUUCCCUUACUCCUUCCUAUCUUUCUUUCUUCCCUCCUUCCAGCAAUUGUGUCCUUCUUCCUUUAUUUCUUCCAGUAAACCCUCUCUUUUACUGACCGUGAUAUAGCGAAUUUUGACUUUAACAAACUAUUUUGCCUUUCUGGUAUGUGGGGAGAUUUACCAAACAAGUUCGGUAAUUGUGGGGUUAUGUUCAGUGGUGGGUUUGCCAAGCAUGUACACAUGCGUCGGUCAGUGUAACAUUGUCUAAUGUGUAAUUAUUGUUUUAAUUUCCCUGUAUGGGUGUAGGAUUUGUGACAACUGUAUGUCUGUAAGUAUACAAACUUUCAUCAUAUAUAUUCUGAACAAGCUUUGUUAUAUAUGGAAAUGGUUGAAAGUAUCGAAGUUUCAGCUCAUGUAAUGAACAAAGUUCAUUAUAAUACCAAAAGUUUGGAUCCCUUGGAUAUAAUGGAUUUUCGGACAUAACGUCACUCUCUUCCCUCCAAAUGGUUAGUUAUAGCGAAGGUGAACUGUAUUUCACUGUUUCUUCUAUACUUGCCUCUCUCCAUUCCACAUGAAUCUCGCCUGCCCUGUCUCUCUUUUUGAAUAACAUUGUAUGUAUGUAUAGUAGUGAUAUGCUUGCUCAUGCUGGCUUCUUACAGCUGCUUUGCCAUUCUUCCCAUUUGUCUACUUUUUGCAUCAGUGUCUGUGCAUCUACUGCUUGAAUGCCUGAUACUUAGGAACUUUACCAUGAGUUGUAUUGAUGAAUGAGCGCUGUGUGAUAUUUUCUGUGAAACUUCUGUCCUUUUAAGUUUUGUAGAAAUUUAUAAUGCUAUAUAAGUAUAUUUAAAUACUUUAAUCUACCCUGAAGUGAAAGAUUACAGUAUUUAUUAUAUAGAAAUUGUUAAUUGUUAUGAGAACAGAGACUAAGUAGAAAAAAGGGGUUGACAGUGUAGUGAGAAGGAAGUUCCUGGUUUGGUAAUAUUUGAUAUUAUUUACCAUUAGUAAUGUUAUAAUGAUCAUAAUGAAAGUAAUAAUAUUUGGUAUUUAUAAUGUUAUUGUUUUCUAAUUAUUAUUAUUAUUAUUAUUAUUAUUAUUAUUAUUAUUGUUGUUAUUAUUGUUAUCAUAAUGAUAAUCAUAGUAAUUAUUCUUAUUAUUGUUAUUGUUAGCUCCUUCAGUGUGAUUCAUAGUUGUCAUUGCAGAACCCAGACAUUUUUUAUUUACCAUAUAUGCAGUGGUGGGAUUCAAUUUUUUUAAAAACAGGUUCUCUCAGUGAGGGAUUUACCAAAAUAAGUUUUAAGUAAAAGGUGUUCAUGGGAGAAAAAUUGAGAACCCCUGAUUUAAGCUAACAGUAACAACCGGUUCUCGGGAUUAAAGAAAUUCCAAGAACAGGUUCUUGCGAACCGGUGCGAACUGGCUGAAUCCCAUCACUGCAUAUAUGCAUAAAAGAACAAUGCAAGUAUUGUUUAUUGGCCUGUAUGUAAGAAAGUUUCAUCUUUUUUCAUAAUGAUGCAGCAGAUAUUCCAGAUUAUGAAUGAUCAUGCACAUAAAGAUAUAGUCUGCAUCUUUCAUAAAGAUGUUUAUGUGAAGCUGUGUUAUUUUUGCAGUAUUAGAGAGGCACUGUAAAUAUAGAAUGUUGUGGAUAUUUUAAGUUUGAAAUGACGAAUAAGCCUUGUAGAUUAUAUGAUAUUUUUCUAGUCAUGAGUUCUUGUAUUUAACUUGUUUUUGUAAUACUCUUUAUUUUUUACAAGCAAGUUCUUUGCACUUUUGUGAUUUUUUUCUAUUGAACUUUGAGUCACUAUCUUACGUGCACACACACACACACACACACACACAUGGACAAGCAUACACGCACACACAUUUAGGUAAUACAGGUUGAGAAUCCCUUAUGCGAAAUCCCUGGGACUGAAAGUGUUGCAGAUUUCGGAUUUUUUUGGAUUUCGGAAUAAGCAGGCUCUUUUGACAUUUUCAACAAUACCUUUACACCACAGAGCCCACAACACCUGGUAAUCACAAUGAGUAAUGAGCAAAGGUGUUACUGUGACAACUUCUGACAACAAACUAACGCAUAGCAGCACCAGAGUUGCCAGGUCGUGGACUGUGUUCCCGCCCAAUCCCAUCUCAAAAGCCGCCCAAAACCUGAUUGGCGGGCAGAUGUUUUUAUGCCCAAGGUGUCGACGCACCAGUAGGUUUACCCGCCCAAUUGGGCAGGUAUACCACAGACCUGACAACCCUGAGCAGCAUACAACAGCUGUUCAUGGUAGAACCUUCCCAUCACUCUGGAAUUUUCCAUUUGUGCCUCUUUAUGUCAGCAUUAAAAAAACUUUCGGAUUUUGAAAUUUCAGAUAGAGGAUUCUCAACCAUUAGUAGAUAUAGAGACAGGACAGUAUGAGCUUAACUCCUUUCCUGUAUAUUACAACUAGGUAAAUACACACACACACACGAGAGAGAAUGAGAGGACAUGGAAAGAAGUUGAGGGCGACCAUGUGUAGGAGAGACGUGAAAAAGUUUAGCUUCCCAAACAGAAGCACUGAGCUAUGGAAUAGACUUGAGGAGGAGGUGGUUUGUGCGAGAAACAUUCAUGAUUUUAAGGAAAAAUUGGAUAAGAGUGGAUAUGGAGACGGAACGGUGCGAGCGUAGCUCUUUUCCCAUGUGUCACAACUAGGUAAAUACAUACCCAACGUAGCUCAAUCGGUUAGAAUGCUGCGCUGCCAGGCUUCACGGCCUGACAGGCGGUGGUUUGAGCCCUGCUCAGGCCGGAAUCUCUCCGCUGACAAGGAGUGGUUACUGUCCCCCCUUCAGCAAGGGGGAUGGGAUGUGUGGUGUGUGAGGUCCUGACAAUACCCAUAGAUCGACUAUAAUGAGCUUGCUCUUGUUGGGAGAUUGCUUGCUGGCGAUUGCGAGUUCAACUCAUAAUCAGGCCAUGGUGAAUUACACACACACACACACACAUGCACACACAAACACACACACACACACACACACACACACACACACACACACACA